AUGUACAUCACCCUCUACUACAUAGUCACCCGGCUCCCUGACACCCUUCGCCCGGUUAGGGACCACUUCCUCUCUGUUUGCCCCACCACCCUCACCGUUGACCUCCUCGAGGAGCGCCUGCUCGCGGCAGAGAAGAGCAUAGUCGCAGUAGGUGCCUCUCGUGGUGACCCUCGUACCCCUGUCUUUGAGGGGUGCUCCCCCUCUCCCCUCUUGCCCUCUGUUGCCUCUGCUGCUGCGGCCGACCUCGUUGGUCUUGAGUCGGUCGCUGCGGCGUCUGCCCCUAGCGGGAGACGCCGCCCUGGCAAGGGCAAGGGGGGCAAGGGUGCUGGAGGGGCUGGAGGGGGCGGUGGAGGCGGAGGUGGAGGUGGUGGAGGGGGUGGGGGUGGCGGUGGGGGUGGUGGCGGGGGUGGGGGCGUCGGUGGCGGGACUGGAGGUGGAGGUGGAGGCGGCGGUGGCGGUGGGAGCGGAGGUGGCGGAGGUGGCGGUAGUGGAGGAGGUAGCGGCGGAGGCGGCGGAGCUGGUCGGGGUGGCGCUGCGCAGAGGGGUGGCUCCGGUGGUGGUGCGCGCCAGCAGCAGCAGCAGCAGCGUACCCGUGAGACCCCUUCCUCCCAGCAGCUUCGUGAGUGGUACGCUGCUCGUCAGCGGGGUGGGGGUGCUGGCCCCUGCACCUACUUCCCCGACGCUACGGAGAUCCCUCGCUGGGGCGAGCUGUCUAGGGCGGGUGUUGCAAUCUAUGAUCUUGACUUUGAUGCUAUUCUUGCUGCCAUGUAUGCUGUGACUAUUAGUGAUGAGGGUGACUGUUACCGGUGUUUCCCGCCUGACCCAGGCAUAGAGGCUGCUGCGCUAGGUACUUGUGAGGCUGCUGCUCUAGGUGCCAGUGCGUCUGCUGCCCCAGGUGCCGGUGAGUUUGCGCUCUCAGGUGCUGCGUCGCCCCCGGACACCCACACCUUCACCCUUGACUCGGGUGCUUCCCGCUCCUUCUUUCGAGACUGCACCACUCUCACACCGCUCAGUCGGCCUGUUGCGGUCUCCCUAGCGGACCCCUCUGGGGGUCCUGUCCUUGCUCACUACUCCACUGUCCUACCGUGUCCAGCGGUCCCGUCUGGCUCCCUGUCGGGUCUCUACCUCCCCUCGUUCUCUACGAACUUGGUGGCGGGUGCUGACCUCCAGGAUGCAGGAGUUGACCAGUUCACCCCUGCGCGUCAGCGGGUGACCCACUGCACUUGUGCGGACACGGGCCGCCACUUGGCCACGUUUGCUCGUCGGCCAGGGUCGAGCCUGUACACACUGACUACUGAGUCUUCCCCAGUCACUGAGUCUGCUCAGGUAGCCGCGUCGGGUCAGGUGUUUGCUGCGGCGUCCAGGUCUGGUCCUGAGUCUGCCCCCUGCUCGUGUCGUCUCCUGUCUCACCGGACUCUCCUCUGGCACCACCGUCUUGGUCACCCCUCCCUGCCUCGCCUUCGAGGCAUGGCUUCCCGUCUUCUUGUUUCUGGUCUCCCCCGGUCCCUCCCUCCUCUUCCUCCGGGGCCUGCCCCCACCUGCGUUCCCUGCGUCGAGGGGCGGCAGCGCGCUGCUCCUCACUCCUCCGAGUUUCCUCCGACAGAGGCUCCGCUGCAGACGCUUCACAUGGACGUGUGGGGCCCAGCCCGCGUCCGUGGGCAGGGUCAGGAGCGCUACUUCCUGCUGGUGGUUGACGACUACUCGCGUUACACCGCAGUCUUCCCCUUGCGCAGCAAGGGUGACGUCACUGAGGUGUUGAUCGCCUGGAUCCGCGCGGCUCGUCUCCAGCUCCAGGAGAGUUUCGGCUCCGACUUUCCUGUUCGGCGUCUGCACUCCGACCGAGGCGGAGAGUUCUCCUCUGACCUUCUGCAGACCUUCUGUCGCACACGAGGCAUCCGCCAGACCUUCACGCUUCCGGACUCUCCGCAGCAGAAUGGGAUUGCUGAGCGCCGCAUCGGCAUGGUCAUGGACGUCGCUCGUACGUCCAUGAUCCAUGCGGCUGCUCCCCAUUUUCUGUGGCCGUUUGCGGUUCGGUACGCGGCGCAUCAGCUCAACCUUCACCCCCGGGUCUCCAUGCCGGAGACCUCCCCUGCUUUGCUGUGGACGGGGAAGGUUGGUGAUGCGUCGCGUUUUCGGGUCUGGGGAUCUAGGGCGUUUGUCCGCGACUUGUCUGCGGACAAGCUGUCCUCUCGUGCUGUUCCCUGCGUCUUCCUUGGCUUUCCCCCUGACGCGCCAGGCUGGCAGUUCUACCACCCCACCUCGCGCCGUGUUCUGUCCUCCCAGGACGUCACCUUUGACGAGUCGGUUCCCUACUACCGUCUCUUCCCCUACCGCACUGCGUCCCUCCCUCCCCCGCCGCUCUUCCUUACACCAGGCCCCCCUCCGGUAGACCCCCUCCCCCCUCAGGGUCCUGCUCCCUCAGGUGUGUCCCAGGUAGAUGCAGUUGAGCCAGUCGAGGUAGCUGUUGACUCUGGUACUGCUGGUGGUGCUGAGCCUGGGGGUGCUGGGUCUGGGGGUGCUGCAACUGGGGGUGCUGGGUCUGGGGGUGCUGCGACUGGGGGUGCUGAGCCUGGGGGUGCUGAGCCUGGGGGUGCUGAGCCUGGGGGUGCUGCGCCUGGGGGUGCUGCGCCUGGGGGUGCUGCGCCUGGGGGUGCUGAGCCUGGGGGUGCUGAGUCUCGGAGUGCGGAGCCUGAGAGUGCUGGACCUGCUCGUCCGGCGUCUGGUGGUGCUGAGCCUGGCGGUUCCUCCGGUGCUUCGUCCCGGCGGGAGCUGCUCUCUCCACAGGAGCUGCGUGAGUGGUUCGCCCGGCGCUGGCGACGUGCUGCUGGAGCUGGUGGUGCUGCAGGAGCUGGGGGUUCUACUGCUGCUGAGAGUGCUGGUGCCGAGGGUCCCAGAGGUGCUCGUACCGAGUGUACUGGAGCUGCUGACCCUACGAGUGCUCCUCCUGCUGGAGCUGGUGGUGCUGCUGGUGUUGCUGGCGCUGGAGCUGCUGGUGCUGCUGGAGCUGCUGGUGCUGCUGGUGCUGCUGGUGCUGCUGGUGCUGCUGGUGCUACUGGCGUUGGUGCUGCUGGAGCUCCUGGAGCUGGAGCUGCUGCGUCUUCGGGUGGUCCGGCUGGAGCUGGAGCUACUGGGGGUGUUGGCGCUGGGGGUGCUCCUGGCGCUGGUGCUGCUGGGGGUGCUGGAGUUGGAGCUGCUGGAGUUGCGGGUCUUCCUGGUGCUGGUGCUCCCGCUGGGGGCGCUGGUGCUGUUCCUGCUGGCACUGGUGGAGCUGCGCGGCCGCGGCCGUACUUCGUUCCGCUCCUUGAGCAGGUUCUUGGUCUUCCGUCCUCUCUUGGUCCUGCUCCUGCCUUAGAGUGUCCGCCUCCUGUCCAGUCUGAGUCACAGUUACAGCCACCUUCCCCGCUUCCUUCUCCUUCUCCCUACACUGGUCCUACUGGAGCGUCCUCCCCCUGUCCCCGGAUGUCUCUGCGUCCUUCCACUGCUCCGCUGCGUGCCCCUUUGCCCUCUCCUCCAGCGUCCUCUCUUCCUGAGCUUCCUGACCCGGAGUCGGACUCCCUUCGUGCUGCGCGUCCUACUGUCACGCGUCUCCUUGCUACUGUCGUCACUGACCCUUCCUUUGAGUCUACUGCUGCGUCUGCCCUAGUUGCUGAGCUUGUCGACUUCGCUGCUCGCUGUCGCCUAGACUACGCUACCAGUCUCGUCGCUGAGUCUGAGUCUGUCUGUCCUCCGUCCGUCGGGGGUGAGUGUGCUCUUGGCACGGACGUCCUAGAGGACAGGCAGGAGGAGUUCCAGUGCUUGGCUGCUGUUUCACCUCAUCUCGUGUCCAUGCUGCUUGCCCCUGAGGGAGACCCGGAUGCACUUGACAUCCCGACUCCGCGCUCUUACGCGGAGGCGAUAGAGGGUCCCUACUCCUCUCAGUGGCAGGCAGCCAUGGACGCAGAGAUGGCUUCCUGGAAGUCCACAGGCACCUACGUUGACGAGGUUCCCCCGCCUGGGGCGAACAUCGUCAGUGGCAUGUGGAUUUUCAGGGUGAAGCGGCCGCCGGGUUCUCCGCCUGUCUUCAAGGCGCGUUACGUGGCUCGUGGUUUCAGUCAGCGGCAGGGAGUUGACUACUUUCAGACUUUCUCCCCCACCCCGAAGAUGACCACUCUUCGGGUACUGCUGCACAUAGCUGCUCACCGAGACUACGAGCUGCACUCUCUUGACUUCAGCACUGCUUUCUUGCAGGGCAGCCUUCACGAGGAGAUCUGGCUGCGCCGCCCACCUGGCUUCACUGGGACGUUUCCUCCUGGCACCCAGUGGAGCCUCCGGCGGCCAGUCUACGGUCUCCGCCAGGCGCCACGUGAGUGGCACGACACACUGAGGACUACACUUGCGGCCCUUGGGUUUGCUCCUUCUACUGCCGACCCGUCGCUGUUUCUGCGCACCGACACUUCUUUGCCGCCGUUCUACAUCCUCGUGUACGUCGACGACUUGGUCUUUGCUACAGCUGACACUGCUGGACUCGCCUAUGUGAAAUCACCAGGGACAGAGCACAGCGCACCAUUACCCUGA